AUGGCUACUGCAUGGUACAGACCUGGAGUUGUCCCUAAGAUUGUCAAGUCCUGGAAGGUACAAGUACAAGUUGGCAUCGAAUUAGAUGUCGAAAUUUGGAGUACGACUUGCAUUGUGACAAACUUUAAAGAAGCCAGAUGCCCAACGCUUCUCAACCCAGCGAACCCUUCGCUUUCAGGAGUGUCGAAGUUCCCCUACUUCCCAGUGGGCGGACCUGAGCCAGAUGUCCUCCCGAUGAAAGAUUCUCAUCCAAUUAUGGGCUUUGUUUCACAAUGGGGAGGCAUGGACGUUGGAAAGGGCAUGAUGUUUGCUGCAAACACGGUUGACGGAAUGAUCCACCUAGCUGGGGGAAAAGAGUUGGCUGCCAAUCUGAAAUUGCAGCUCGGUGGGAAAGAAAGAAUAGUUGAAGGUCAGGCAGUCUGGACCAAUGGCGUUGGCGAUUACAAGCAUUUAAUACACACUGUCCCUCCCUUCUUUGAUAAUAGCGAUGAUGACCAUAGCGAGAACCGCUUGUUGCAAAAUUGUUACCAAACUUCGUUGAGCCUUGCUACUGACCGGCUUCCCUCCGAAACAGAUAUCCGCAUUGCCAGUCCACUGCUGGGAGCAGGAUGUCGAGGAUUUCCAUUAGAGGAGGCUGUAUUUCACUGUGCCGAGGCUCUCUCGGAUUUGAAUAUGACCAUAAGCACAGCGGUAGAUGGGGGUACAAAUGCAAUCAAAGGAUUGACUUUGGCAUUUGGAGUCCCUUCACAGGAUAUUAGAGAGGAAAUGAUCAAAGCCUUUGAAAGUAGAAUAAACUUUACAGAAGUUUAG